CGCGCUCUUACUACGCACAUCUGCCAUGGGUAUCUGCUUCUCCGCCCCGCCCCCCGUAUACCGUCCCCCACCCGGGGCGAUGCACCGCCAGCUGCCCGCCCCCGGCACGUACAAUCGCUACUACGACCAGGCGAAGGCUGCGUUCAUCGCUGGCGACACAGAUCGCAACGGCGUGCUCGACGCGCAGGAGCUGUUCCAGGUUCUCACGCGCCUGGGCUUCUUCAACGGCGUCCCGCCCUCGCAGAUCAACCAGAUCAUGGAGCAAGAGCUCUCCAAGGCGGACAGGAACCAGAGAGACAGGCUCAUCACCUUCGAGGAGUUCGUGCCGUACUUCGAGUAUCUCAUGCAGGAGCUCCAGCGCCGCGGCGGGACGGUGUUGCCGCCGGCGCAGCCCACGCAAUACUACGGCCAGCCCGGGUACGGGGUGAUCGCUCCUCCCUACGGAGGACACUCCGCCGCGACGACGUCGGUCAUCAUUCAGCCCAAGGGAGGAUACUCCUCGGCGCAGCAGAACCACAGAACCGUAAACCUGGGCCACCACGCGGCGCCGGCGACCAGAGGGGGAAGGUCCGGCGGAGGCAUGAGCACCGCCACCGCCGUCGCGGGGGGCGCGGCGCUCGGCGUCGGCGGUGUCCUCGCCUAUCAGAACGCGGGCGCCAUCGGCGACUUCGCCGGUGACGCCGCGGGAGCCGUGGGCGGGGGAAUUGUCGACGGGGCAAACGCGGUUGCCGGCUGGGCCCCCGGCGCAGCCGCCGCCGCGGGCGACGGCAUAGUGAGCGGCGCGAACGCCGUGGCGGACUGGGCCCCGGGUGCCGCGGGCGCCGUCGGAGACUUCGCCGGUGACGCGGGCGGUGCGAUCAUGAGCGCGGGAGGCGCGGUCGCCGAUUGGGCGCCGGGCGCCAUGGACUCGGUGGGCGAUUUCGCGGGAGACGCCCUCUCGGCAAUCGCAGACUUCUUCUGAGUGACUGAUGCGUGUUAGACUUGUCAUCGUGUAAGCUCGUGUGCUUGUUUUAACCAUUAACGCGUCGCGUGCGACGACUAUCUCUACGCG